AUGAAGAAGCACCGGGCGCCCUUGGACGGAAGUGAGGUGAGGCGCGAGCCGCCGCAACCUUUGAGGGAAAAAGGAAGUGCUUGGGCGUCGCAGGGCCGGAGGCGCGGGGAUAGAAGGAGCACCAUGUCCGCGGAAGUCCCUGAAGCAGCGUCGGCCGAGGAGCAGAAGGAAAUGGAAGAUAAAGUGACUAGUCCAGAGAAAGCUGAAGAAGCAAAAUUAAAAGCAAGGUAUCCACACUUGGGACAAAAGCCUGGCGGUUCCGAUUUUUUAAGGAAAAGGUUGCAGAAAGGGCAAAAGUAUUUUGAUUCUGGGGAUUACAACAUGGCAAAAGCAAAGAUGAAGAACAAGCAGCUUCCUGCUGCAGCCCCGGAUAAGACAGAGGUCACUGGUGACCACAUUCCCACUCCACAGGACCUUCCUCAGCGGAAACCAUCCCUGGUUGCUAGCAAGCUGGCUGGCUGAUUAAAAGAGCUGAACUGCAUGGGUCUUCUAAUGUCCUUUAUUUCUCCUUUCUGCGUUACUUACCCACUUUCUGUUUCCUUUCACUCACUAUGUCAUUGGAGACUGACAGCUUUGCAGGUAGUGGUAGUGUGUGCUGCUGUUGUCAGGGAGCAUACAUGUGUAGAGGUUUUGGUUAGUUUAACAGUGCACUGAUGCAAAGGACAUGGAACAACAACUUAAGUAAUUGACGUUACAAUAAUUGUACAUAUUACCUAGCUGGUGUAGGGCUGGCUCCAACAAGUAGCAAGCAAGUUUUACAGCUUUAAUGUUCUGGCUUUCCUUACUUCCCCGUAAUUACAGCUUUGUAUGUUACUCUUAUUUAAUAGAACCUCUGUUGUAUUGAUUUCUUCUGUAUUUUCCUUUUGAAUUUUGUAAGACAGACGUUUAAGACCACAAGUUGGAAGACAAGUCACAUAAUUCAGACACAAGUAAAUGGGCUGCAAAAGAUUUGAAUAACUGCUUGGACUUGACGGCCUUAAACCUGCUGUUCCAGCUUUAACAAGAGCAUCUUACCUGGGCGAUAUUUGCCCGUUCUGGUGUGACUUGUGUGACUCCAACGCUUACCAGCUGUCAUUGACGCUCAUGCUCUUCCUCGGGUCUGCAGUGCUGGGACAGCUUUCUUUGUUGAAGACGUGAAUGGGUGUGCAUGUGCACUGACUAUUGCAUUCACUUUUGUGCCAUUUUGUAAAUACAAUAGUUUUGCACAACCUUUUACAAAUGUCUGUAUUAAUUUCACCAUAUUAGAAAGUAGAUAAUGUGCCAACCAGAAGCACAAGACUUCCUACACAAAUCUGCCCACCAUUACUGCUUUUGUAUAAGAAUAGUUUACAAUCUUGAGCUUAUUAGAAUACCAAACUGAAAUACACUCAGCCUGAUACAGAAUUAAGCAUUUUCAUUUGUUACUGAUAUUCAUGACUUUCAGUGGCCUUGUACAAAUAUGAUAUGUUGCUUAGGCAUAUCUUUUGUUCUAUGCAGAACAUUUCAUUUUGACUCUUUACAAAAAAAUUACAAUUCAUAUAAUUUAUAUAAACUUCCUUAAUGUAGAAACUUUUUACUUCCAACCCAACUGGGGAUACUAAAGUUAAAGGCUUGCAUUCUCUGCCUUCUAUGUUGUUCUCAACCCCCAUCUUCUCUUUACUUUGCUUCUGUGACUCGUGUUGGGCUGUUCCAUUUAUGAAAGCAUACGUGUCUAUCUCUACUUUUUAAACUUGCUUAAAUAAAAGGAUUUUUGUGAGGGUUUUUUGUUAUGCUGAGGAUCAAACCACUGUCUCACACGUGCUUAACAAGCACUGUACCACAGAACUACACUCUUAUCCCUAAGGGAACUUUAUAAUGAAGCAAGUAGUUGAAAAGAUUGGUCUAGGAAACUGUCAGGAUAAGCUGAAUUCUGGUUAAAUAAUUUUAAAUAAUUAGGAUGAACUAGGAGAAUUGGGCUUAUAACAAUUACAAUGAUUUAUGUGAUAGGUAAAACAUUUAUAUUAAACUAUUUAGGUAUCUCCUCUACAUGUCAUUUUAAUAAAAUAUCAAUUUACUUUUACUUGUGGUUUAUGUGAUAGUGAAAACAUUAGCACACUUUAUUGGGACACGUUUACUAUUUUCCUAGAGCCCUUUCUCCAGGAUGUCAGGCCUAGGGGAAAAGCAUAUUGAGCUGCAGCAGCCUGAGCUGAUAUUGUUCUUUCUCUUCAUCUUGGGCUGGGAUGAGACCUACCCUACUACGGGAAUCCAGGCAUCAUUUUGUAUUGUGGCUAUAUGCACCUGCUUUCCUAUGGUUUCACACUCGUGAUUAGUCCUGCUCCACUCAACCUGAAAGCAAGAAAAGCAACACACUCUAUACUCCACAUUGGUAAUUUUACAGCGUAGUUCUAUGUCAAUGUAUUUGUAAUGAUCAAGUGAACUAUUCUGUAAUAUGUGUAAUUCACCAUAGGAUUGAUAUCUAGUCUUUUUCCCCCCAUGGAUAUUUGCAAUCCCAUCACCAUUAAAUUCAGAUUAGAUGAAUCUGAAAUCAGAGUGGCCAUGCUCUUCCUGACCACCAGACUCAAUUUAUGACAAGUGAGUAACACCUGCUUGAGUUUUGAUUUGUAAAAUAGGACACUGAUAUUUAACCUACCUCAAGACUUGAGGAUCUGUGAAAUACUAAGUGCCCCAAAUAAAAUCACUAUCAGAAGUCUCCUCACUAAACCAACCUGCCUUCUAUAAAGUAGCAGUGCUUAAAUAAAAUCUCAGGAUUUUCCACGAGGGAAGACCUGUUAAGGAUUUGUACGUAUAGCUGCAUAGCUUCCAUUAUUGGUGCUUGAGAGGAGUUUUACAUUUUCCUGUUUUGUGUUCUGCUUCAAAGCUCAGUUUAUUAUAGACAUUUUUGUAGGCUCUUUGGUCAUCAUUUAGUGAAGAUUUUGAUUAAAUGAGCUUAAUUGUCCAUUUCUAUGUCAAAGUUGUGUCUAAGGAAUGGCUAGUUUCAAUGUUAGAGUAAACUGAAGUUGAUAAAAAUACUAAAGGCAAACUGGCUAAAGUCUAAAGUCUGUUUUGUUCAGUAGCUCCUAUUAGAAACAUCUUGAAGGCUACAUCGACAGUUGCAGCUCGUGUCUAGUUGGAAUAGCAUUUGGAUAGAUUGGAGGGGGCAUGUUUGUAGUCUACAAGUUGCUAGAUAAUCUUGUACUAAUGAAACAAGUCCAAACUAUUCACGGCAGUCACAAGGCCUCUUCUUGUUAUUACUUCCACAGUUAGAAUUAGUUGCUGUUUUUACUUGAUGUACCCAAAGUAUACCUCUGAGUAUUGGUAGUCAUUACUAAGUCAGACUUGUAUUCUUAAUCUGAAUAUCACAGUCUUAUCAAAACUGAACUAUCAACCCAAACUCUGCGCUAAACUUACUAUUUGAUGGUCAGAAGCAGGUAGCUUGUGGGAAGAACAGUUCUGAGUGGCUACCAAGGCCUUGUCUGUGAUGGCUUCAUCACAUCCCCCAAUGUUCAAACUUACUACUUCAUUGUAACCCAUGUCUGUCACCUGUCCUUCCCUGAAGCCCACUGGAAGCACCUACGUUUUCUGAAGCGCCAUCUUGAUCUCACUUGGCGUGUACUGCCAGUCUUACCCAGGUCCCUUUCUCCAACUUCUCACUACAACUUUUAGAAAUCAGAAUCAAAGGAACUCAGAGUAGCUCAUCUAUAAAUGACAAGUAGAUACUCUUAACUAGUUGUUCUAGCUUUUGAAGUAGGUAGACCUGUGGGUUUCAAUUCUAUAAAUUCCUGAUGGUGGUGACACCCAUUCGUGUGUGUUUGUAUGGUAUUUAUCAACUAAAUAGCAGUAGAAAUAAUCUAACUCCUUUAGUACCAUGCCCUCAAAUCUGUCACUGCUUCUCCACCAUUUGGUAUGCAAUAGGACACUGUAUGCAGAGGGCCAACGUAAAUGCCUUUUCUUGUUAAAGAUGUCUGUAGAGUUGGCGGUUAAUGCUGAAGUUUGUCAAAUAGCCCUUCCAAACUUAUACUUGUAAAAUACACCCAAAAUAAAUGGAUCUACCUAAUUUUUAUUGAUUUUAA